AUAUAAAUGAAGUAUCUUCAAUAUUAUUGGACCAGUAUAAAAUAAUCGGUGGAAGGAAGUUCUUAAAUGCUCCUGAAGCAAAUUAUUGUAUGCCAUCAGAUGAAACGGAACUUAGGAGAAUAGAGAUUGCUCAUAUGUUAAGACGAUAUUCAUGGAAAGGUAAUUUUUGUGCACCAGUUGAAUAUAUGCUGAAAAAUUGUAAAGCUAACGUUCUCGACGCUGGGUGUGGGGCAGGUUGUUGGGUAUUUGAUUUAGGAAACGAAUUCCCAAAUUCAACAUUUAUUGGUAUAGAUAUUCAAUCAAGCGGAUUUCCACCAGUAAAUGAACGUCCUCCAAAUACAGGAUUUUUAGAAUAUAAUUUAAUAAGUGGAAUUCCAUUUCCUGACGAAACGUUUGAUUAUGUUCAUGUGUCAUCAAUGUGGUCAGCGUUUACUAAACAACAGUACAUAAAUGUAAUCCAUGAAUUAGUACGUGUAACGAAAUACAACGGAUGGAUUGAGAUUUUCGAACCCAAUAUGGAUUUUAAAAAUUUGGGAAAUUCUAUGAAAGGUGUUCAAGAUGCUUUUCAUACAAAGUUAAAAGAAAAUGGGAUCGAACCAAUGAUAUUUUUAGAGAUAUCUAAAUGUAUAAGAUCAUUUAAUGAAUUAACUAAUAUCGAACACAGGAAAUUGAACGAUUCAAUAGGAGGAUGGGCAGGAAGAUAUGGAGAAUAUGUGUUGGAGGCUAUUCAACAACUUUAUGAAUCUGCUACUUAUAUGGCAGACUAUAUGGGAAUUUCCCAAAGCGAUUAUCAAAAAUUAAUUGAAGAUUUCGAUAAUCAAUGUAAUAAAAAUCGUACCUAUAUAGAAACACAUAGCUUUUUUGCUAAAAAAGUAAAAAUUUUAGAAACACAAUAA